AUGGCAGCUGUUCAAGAGGGUGUUAAUUUUGUCCGAAUCUUCUUCUACGCCAAGAACACUAUCAGCGCUAAACGCAAGAAGGCUCUCGUUGGUUUAGCCUACCAAACAGCUCGAGAUCAACUGCUGGCCCCUAAGGAAAUUCUGAUCCGCUCUGACUUGCACGGAACCACCAACAUCAAGGGAGACGUAUCAAAGAUCCCAAGGGUUGGCAUGGCACCUUUGCUUUCAAAAGCGAGGACCAGCUCCUGCGCCAAUACCACGUUGCGUCACACAGGUACACCAGCAGUAAAGAGGAAUAUAUCCUCCAAAAAGCGACGCACACUCCAGAGAAGGCAGACGAUACUCCACGAGGCCGGCCAAAAGAGGAAAAAGUUGUUUGGCCACCCAUGGAUCAACUUGAAGAAUAUGAGGACAGCCCUAUUGGUUACUCGCACCUCCCCGGUCAGAACUAGGAGCCGAACAGGGCUAACAAUUGUUGAGCCUGGAAGGACCUCCGCGCAUACCUAG